AUGCGUGGCGAAGACGGGGGUGAUGGAGGCGGCGCUGCAGGCCGGGAUGGACUACGCGUGCGGCAUGGGCGGCGCCGACUGCUCGGCACUGCAGCCCAUGGGAAGCUGCUACAACCCAAACACGAUGCAGGCCCUCGCCGACAAGCUGCGACUUCGGCGGCGCCGUCAUGCUCGUCGCCACCAACCCAAGUUCAGGAGACAUCAUCAGGUUCAGGCAGCACCGGUACUCCGGCAGUAACAGGCACACCAGGCUUCGGGUCGGCGGGCAUGACUCCGGGCUACAGCACCGGUCCAACGACAGGGACGGGACCGGCGGUCGGUGGAGGGUCAGGCUCGACGGUGCUGAACGCGAACAAUAACCCCGGUGGGACCUCGAUGUAUGGCCCAGACAACCCGACCGGCUUCUCCGGCGCCAGCAGUGGCGCCGCCUCCCGUUCCUUCGACUGGGUCUUGUCUCUUAUUUGGAUAUUCACCAUUGCUUAUGUGAAGGAGAAAGUGUAGUGAUGCUGAUGAAGUGGUUUUGUGUUCUUCUCUUGUUGAUAUUCAGUUGUGUACAUAGAUGGGUGAAUUAAUAGGGAGAAGACUAGAAGUUUUGUGCUUGUGUGUAUAUUGACUGGGAUAGGCUGAGCAGAAUGAUACCCAGCCAUCAUAUGUGUUAGGUCAGUGUAGAGUUCAAUCUCUAUGAAUGAUUGUACGAUAUCAGUUGACGAUCUUCUUGAACAAUAAUAGGCACAAUGACCUUUCAAA